AGGGGCUCAAACGGUCUAAAUUUUGGUUUUCGGUAGCGUUAAAGCACGGAAAUAAACAACGUUCAUUACAAAUGCCUUGUGAGGGCGAAAUAUUACCGGCUGCGAAUAACCGGUAACGUUGGUUGUGUAUUUUUGUUUCUCCGCCCACUCCGGAAAACUCAACCGAGUCGUCGUAUAUUUUUAUUUUUAAGGUGACGUGGUCGGUCCCCUCUUCCACACUGUCUCAUUUGUCAAUAAAAGUACUUGGUGUACCCGGAUAUGAACGCGAUGAAUGUAUAAUACGUCGGGAGUUGGGACAUCGCAUCGAGGAUUUCCAGGAUGUUCAGCUGUAAAUCUUUACAUUGAGCUCCAGUAUCGGCGCAUACCGGAGCAGAGAAGAGACUGUCGGGCCUGGAGUCCGAGGAAACCAGCGAAGAGACAGGUUUAGUUGGAUCUGCAGCAUCGGGACUGAAGUGACACAACGGGGAUACUGGGGUUAUGCAGUGUGGAAUAGGACACCUGCCAGGUGGCUGCCAGAGGACGAUGGGCCUGCACUGCGUCUUGAUCCUGUACUUGUUCUCAGGCUUGGUGGUGGGCUACAAGCAAGGGGACAACGUGACUCUCUAUGUCAACAAAGUGGGCCCUUAUCAUAACCCCCAGGAGACAUAUCACUACUACACCCUGCCUGUUUGCAGCCCGGAGAAGGUGCAUCACAAGUCCCUGAGUCUGGGAGAAGUGUUGGAUGGUGACAGGAUGGCAGAAUCCUUAUAUCACAUCCGAUUUAGAGAGAACGUUGAGAAAAAAACUCUUUGCAAGCUCAUUCUUUCAGAGAAACAGGUGGACCAGCUUCGUGAGGCCAUCGAGGAGCUGUUUUACUUUGAAUUUGUCCUGGAUGACAUUCCAAUCUGGGGGUUUGUGGGAUACAUAGAAGAGAGCGGCUUCCUGCCUCACAGCCACAAGGUGGGUUUGUGGACUCACCUAGACUUCAACAUCGAGUACAACGGCGACUCAGUGAUCUUUGCCAAUGUCUCAGUAAAAGAUGUCAAACCUGUUCCCCUGGAGGAGGGGGCGGGGGCAGUGGUGGGCGGAGUCGGAUUGGGCGGAGGCGGCCUAACGGUCACCCACACCUAUAGCGUGCACUGGUUCGAGUCCCCUCUCCCUUACGCCCGGAGAGCCGAGCGCCUUCGAGACUACUCGUUCUUCCCCAAAACACUGGAGAUCCACUGGCUGUCCAUCAUCAACUCACUGGUGCUGGUGGUGCUGCUGCUGGGCUUCGUCAUCAUCAUCCUCAUGCGGGUCCUUAAGAAUGACUUUGCCAGGUACAAUGUGGAGGAGGAGGGCGGCUGUGACGAUCUGGACCAGGGAGACAACGGCUGGAAGAUCAUACACACUGACGUCUUCAGGUUUCCCCCUUACAGAAGCCUGCUGUGUGCAGUGCUGGGCGUUGGGGCUCAGUUCCUUACCCUUGCCACAGGAAUAAUCGUCAUGGCAUUGCUGGGAAUGUUCAACGUGCACCGCCACGGCGCAAUCAACUCUGCAGCCAUAGUCCUGUACGCCCUGACUAGCUGCGUGUCCGGCUACGUGUCUUGCAGCUUCUACACACAGAUCAGUGGCCAGCGCUGGGUGUGGAACAUCAUCCUCACCUCGUCGCUCUUCUCCGCUCCUCUCUUCCUGACAUGGAGUGUAGUGAACUCGAUCCACUGGUGGAGCGGCUCCACUCAGGCUCUGCCGGCCACCACCGUGCUCCUCCUGCUGGGUGCCUGGGUGCUGGUGGGCUUCCCGCUCACUGUCAUCGGCGGCAUCGUGGGAAAGAACCGGGCUGGCAGCUUCCAGGCGCCCUGCCGCACUCGCAACAUUGCCCGGCAGAUCCCUACACAGCCCUGGUACAAACACACGGCUGUGCACAUGGCCAUCGGCGGCUUCCUGCCUUUCAGUGCCAUCUCAGUGGAGCUGUACUACAUCUUUGCCACCGUUUGGGGCAGGGAACACUACACCCUCUAUGGCAUCCUGCUGUGCGUCUUCGCCAUCCUCCUCUCAGUGGGCGCCUGCAUCUCCGUGGCGCUCACCUACUUCCUGCUGUCUGGCGAGGACUACCGGUGGUGGUGGCGCAGCGUGCUCAGCACCGGCUCCACCGGCCUCUUCAUCUUCGUCUAUUCUGUUUUCUACUACCGGAACCGGUCGUCCAUGAGCGGCCUGGUGCAGAGCACGGAGUUCUUCGGCUACUCUCUGCUCACGGCGCUGGUCUUCUCACUGAUGUUGGGCAGUGUGUCGUUUUGGGCCUCACUGGCGUUUAUCCGCUACAUCUACCGUAGCCUGAAGAUGGACUAGAUAUGAAAUGUGCACAAACAGACACAGUGAUAAACAAACAUUCCCUCAUAGCACACACGGACAAUCCUCAUUUCUUGUUAUUUCAGUCAUACUCAGGCUGCGUCCGAAAAGUCUUUUUUGCUUAGGAAGGUUCCUAACUGAGUAGCAGCAGCUACUGGCAGCCAUGAUAAGAGCUGGUCGAAUUCUCUAAAAGCCUUCCUUUCAUAUCUCCUUUAGCAUAAGGUACACCGGACCAUCCUUUACGAAAGGAAAGGAGAGAAUGCCGUCCCACAAUUCCUUGCGGCGGCAACAUUUAAAGCGACGCACGUCCUCAAACUCAAACGAUAAAAUUCAUCAACCUCAUUUAGCAAAAUCCUUCCAGUACAGACGCACAUUAUGAUACUUGAAUAAGACUCUCACAAUUUCCUUCUUUGUUUUGGUUUGUUUUCUUUUGGCUUUGCUGUAAUCUGAUACUGUUUCAACACAGUUUUAUGUUUCAAAUUGUUGAAAUAUGCUAUAAAGGGUUUUCUACUAUAAUAAAAAAGAGAAAUCACCGACCAUGAGGGAUAAAGGAUGUUGAUCACUAUGUAAGUUACCAUUGGCUAUUAAGCCUUUUCUCUCUUAUGCCAUAACCCCCUAACAUGCAUAAGUCUUGAACUGUCUUGAACAAUAACUGAGACCCAUGCCCGCUGUCUUGUAACAUGAUCAAAGUGAGGAUGAUGUUGUAGCGUGUAGCCUCAUGUUAUGCAUAGGCAGCCUUCAGCAAUAUCGUUAACUGAUUUUACUUCAGUCACAGAUGCUGACACCCUCGCCUUAAUAAAGGCAAUGAUCAAGCUGGAUGAGCUGUACAUUAAAUGUAAUGUAUUAUUUCAGUGUUUCUCACACACUGAUUUAUAACGCUGACCGCGUUUUCUUACUAUCUAAAAUGGUCAACGCAUUUAUUUGCUCAGCACCUCCUCUCCCUCGCGCGCUCCCUCUCUCUCUCUCAGUUGCGCUGUCUUUCUGUGGUAAACACUACAAACAAUAAAUGGGAUUCAUGUUGAUAAAUAUGGGCAGGAGGGUGAGUGUGAGCAAGCUUUCUCAAUGUGACAACCCUUUCCAUUAUUUUUGACUGGUACCCUACAGGCCUAUUUGCUAUCUUGAUUAUGAAGUUCUAGUAUAUUCCACCGUGUUGUCCACCUUUAGAUGGCCUGCCUUAAAACGACACGGGGCGCAGUGUCAGAGAUGCGCUUUUUGUAGUCCAUCUUCGGAACAUUGUAGUUUCAUCACGGCAGGUCACGUGAGUAACACCCGCCGUCGCAUAAUUACGUCGCCAAGAAAAUAGCAGUCGGGUUCUCUGAGCCCCACGAUCCUCUUUUCCUAAGUCCUUAUGGAUUCUCCUUCACAUCUUUCCUUGACCUCAUGGCGUUUUCCAUCGAGGCCAAGGAAAAGUGGUUAGGAAAGGAGAUUUUUGUUUUUUUUUUACUUUUCGGACGCAGCCGCAGACAACCUACGGGGUUAAUGGGAGGAACAGGGGCCUUUGAUUUGACAGGAUCUAAUGAUUGAGCUAGAAUGGCCACUGGACUAGGGAUUAGCUGGAUAGAUGAUGGGUGAGCUGGGGAGAGGGGAUCAUGUAUUUAAGGAUAAAAUGGGAUAUUUUGGUAAGAAGGGAGGAGUGUCCCAUUAGGAAUGAAUGAGUAUGAGAUACAUGUGUGAAUGAGUUUAAUCGUUGUAUGAUGCAAUGUGGCAUCAUCUGUUCUGGUUCCUACCCUGAUCUACACAGCGUUUCCCGCAUUACAUUUACCAACUGACUCAUACUGUAUUUGAUUUAUUAUGCAGUCGUGUAAGUGCUAUUACUUGCACUUAUACUCCCCCACACAUACAAUUGUGGCAGUCUGUUCAAAUAAAACAUGUUUUGCACUGGCUGGAUGGAUGAGAAACGAUGCCUUGUAGAUUGAAGAUCUGUUGGUGAGGGAGCAAUAUAGUCAUUAUAUUCUAUGGUCGCCACUGACUGAUGUAAAUAUAGUCUUUUCAAUAAAAUGCUUUUUAAUACAAUAUUGAAA